AUGACCUGCACACAGUUUGACUUCCCCUGUUUUUCUUGGAAAGCAAUGUUGGAGAGUGCCUGGGGCUGGGGCGGCAUCGCCGGCUUUUGGCUCCGCCUGGCCCGGCACCGACCCCGACCCCGGCCCCGACGCAGGGUCCAGUCCCGAUCCCGACCCCGAGCCCGGCCCCGGCCCCGGCUCCUCCCGGGGCCCGCGGAGGACACACGCGGCGCGGCCGCUCCCGCCGCCUCCGCUGCGGCUUGCCCGGCCCGAGCUCCGCCGCUCGGCAGUGCGGCCCCCGGCCCCGCGGCUCCCGGGUCGCGUUGCAAAGAGCGAACGCCGGGGGAUGGCCGGGCCGGGACGGGUGAGGGGCACUCGGGGGCCGUUGCUGGCCCCGGGCCGAGUGCUGACAGCCGCGUCCCGCCCGCAGGGAAGGCGCAGGAGGCCCUGCAGGAGCGGUACCGCCUGGGCUCGCUGCUGGGGCGUGGAGGAUUCGGCAGCGUCUGGUCGGGGACGCGGCUCUCGGAUGGCGCCCCGGUGGCCAUCAAAAAGGUGCCACGGAACCGCAUCUGGCAUUGGAGCGAGCUGCCCGACGGCACCAGCGCUCCCCUGGAGGUUGUGCUGCUGGACAAGGUGUCCAGUGGCUUCUCCGGUGUGGUCCAACUACUGGAAUGGCUUGAGCUCCCCAGCGACAUUGUGAUGGUGCUGGAGCGGCCGGAGCACUCUCAGGACCUCCUGCAUUUCAUUCAAGCACGGGGGUUCCUGCGCGAGGAGGUGGCGCGGCAGCUGUUCCGGCAGGUGCUGGAGGCCGUGCGGCACUGCACCAGCUGCGGGGUCCUGCACCGCGAUAUCAAACCAGAGAACAUCCUGGUUGACCUGGCCACCGGGCAGGCCAAAUUGAUUGACUUUGGCUGUGGCACCUACCUGCAAGACACAGCCUACACUCACUUUGCAGGAACACCAUCAUACAGCCCCCUGGAAUGGACCCGCUUUGGCUGGUACCAUGGCGAGCCAGCUACCAUCUGGUCCCUGGGCAUCCUGCUACACGAGAUGGUCUGUGGGAAGAUGCCUUUCAGGAGGGGCUGGAACUUCAGCUGGGGCCAGCUCUCGCUGCCACAACGGCUCUCUCCAGAGUGCCAAAAUCUGAUUGGGUGGUGUUUAUCCAUGCACCCCUUGGCCAGACCCUCAUUAGAAGAGGUGUUCUGUCAUCCUUGGAUGCAGGAUAUUCAGCUGCCCUAGAAGAAGGGAGAGAGCCACAGGCACACUUUGAUCCAGGGCCCUGGUAAGUUACAUCUGCACACAUGCCUUGGCAAUG